AUGUCAGACAACGAAGCUGACCCCGAGCUCGUAGAGCUCCUCCGCCAACACCUCGGCUUAGGCAAAAAGAAAGGCAACGAAGCCCCUGACACAAAAGUCCUCCAAAAUGCUCGAUGGAUAUUUGACAACUCCAUUGACGUAGCUCUGGAUCCGCGGCAAACAAAAGCCGCUGCGGAGACCAUAUGGCAACAAAUACAGCAGAAGCAGUACUCUACAUCGACAUGGUCUGAGCAUGAGUUACAUCCUAAGGCCAAGGAUGAGAGCACGGUGGAUUUUAUCUUCACGAUGGAUCUGUUGAAUUUUAGUUUUUGGUCGGAGGAGAAGGAGGAGAGUAAGAGAUUUGGGAUUGAUUACCAUGGUCGCAAGUGGACGGGGUAUUGGAGUUUGGUGGCUGCGUUGCAGAGAGCUUUGGAUGAUGGAAUCCCGAUUACGAGCCCAGAGUUCUGGCUUAAUGAGGAUGAGUUUACAGAAGACUUGCUGCAGCACGUCUUUCGCUCUACAUCGGAUGAGGAGAUUCCGUUGCUCAAAGAGCGAUUCGACUGUAUGCGAGAAGCAGCUCAGAUUCUUGAUGAGAAAUUCGAUGGCAGUUUCAUCAACUGCAUCUACGAUGCCAAUCAGUCUGCUGCAGCGCUCGUGAAUAUCCUAGCAGAUGAGUUCCCAUGCUUUCGAGACGAAGGAGUCUUUGAUGGCCGCACAGUUCGGUUCUACAAACGUGCACAGAUCCUUGUGGCUGAUCUAUGGGCUUGCUUUGAUGGCGAGUCGUAUGGAGAAUUCAAUGACAUAGACAAAAUCACCAUGUUCGCCGACUACCGAAUCCCACAAAUGCUCCAUCAACUAGGAUGCCUUCUAUACUCUCCGCCCUUGGAAAGCCACAUCCGGCGUCGACAACUCAUCAAAUCAGGCUCAAAAUGGGAAAUGGAGCUUCGCGGCACUUCGAUUUGGUGCGUGGAAUUGAUAAGGCAGGAGAUUGAACGUACGCAUCCGGAAACGAAGAUGGUGUAUUCUACUGGAAACUCGUCGACGUUUGAAGUAAAUAUCGACGAGAAGGAAGCUAAAGACGUUACGGAAGUAAUAACCGUAACUAAAGAACAGGAAGAGGAAGAGGAGACUACAGAAGACGCAAUCCAAGAGUUACAGGCGAUUGGAGAGGGAGAAGAAAUCACAGAAAAAGUGGCCCAAGAGCCACAAGAAACUUCUAAGACAGAGGAGCCGAAGACCACCGCAACAUCAAAAUCAAGUACACCAAGACUGAAAACAAUCAGCAUAAACGCUAUCUUGAUCGACUUUUUCUUAUACGAUACGAUGAAAGAGUUGGAGAACGGCGGACAGGAGACUAUUCCCCACCACCGGACGAGGAGUAUUUGGUAUUAG